UGACGUGAGCCGGUUUAGGUUGAAUGCUCUAUAAAUGCGCUCGCACGCUGUAUACAAACAUUCCAACUUUCCUGAGCAGAAGGACGCAGCGCGCGAGCUUUACGGAAUGACGUGGACACUGGUGCUGGUGCUGCUCGGAGUUCUUUCCGCAGUCAUUGUCCUCUACACCAGGCGCACGAGGCAAAGAAACGAGCCCCCGUUGGAUAAAGGCAGAGUUCCCUGGCUUGGUCAUGCCCUUGAGUUUGGGAAAGAUGCUGCCAAGUUCUUAACACAGAUGAAAGAUAAGCAUGGAGACAUUUUUACAGUGUGUGUGGCUGGUCAUUAUGUGACUGUCCUACUGGAUUCCAAUUGCUAUGAUGCUGUGCUCGCAGACACCCAAUCCCUUGAUCUGACUCGCUAUAGCCAACUUUUAAUGGACAGAAUCUUCAAUCUUCAGUUGCCCAAUCACAACCCAGUAUCUGAGAGAAACAGAGUGGACCAAUACUUUAAGGGCUGCAAUCUGUCUCGACUCUGCAGCUCAAUGCAGAACAACCUCCAAUUACUCAUGGCAUCUGUAAAUACAAAGAACCCAACAGAAUGGAAAAAGGACAGAUUUUUUGACUUCUGUUACAGCUUGCUCUUCAAGGCAGGUUAUCAAACCCUGUUUAUCACAGAGAAUAAUAACAGUGCUGAAUUCACUGAGGUUUAUGAGGAGUUUCGGCGGUUUGACAAGAUUUUACCAAAACUGGCACGACGUUCUGCACGCAGAGAUGAGUUGAAAGUUGCAAGCUCAGCACGAAAGCGACUAUGGGAACUGCUGUGUCCAAACUGGUUUUCCACGGAAGCAGUGGCCCAGUCAUGGAUGCAGACCUACUUACAGCACCUAGAAGAGCAGGGCCUUGACAGACAGACCCAGCGGCGAGCCAUGCUUCUCCAGCUGUGGGUUACACAGGGUAAUGCAGGCCCUGCUGCCUUUUGGUUGCUGGGCUUCUUGCUUACUCACCCAGAGGCUCUGAAAGCUGUAAAAGAGGAGAUGCGCAGCCUACAGCACCUCCCCCUGGACAAAAUAGAGGACACACCAGUGUUAAACAGUGUUCUGAAGGAGACGCUGCGCCUCAGAGCAGCUGCCCUCAUCACCAGAGAUGUGAUGCAGGACAAAACGGUUAAAUUAAGCAACGGCCAAGAAUAUGUUCUACGGCAUGGAGAUCGCCUCUGUAUCUUCCCUUUCCUCAGUCCACAGAUGGAUCCUCAGAUCCAUCAUGAGCCAGAGAAGUUCAAGUUUGACCGCUUCCUUAAUUCUGAUGGGACAGAGAAGAGCAAGUUCUGUAAGGAGGGGUUGCGGAUGAAUUAUGGUACCAUGCCAUGGGGAGCAAGGAGCAAUUUGUGUCCAGGGCGUAAUUUUGCUGUUUGUGCUUUAAAAAAGUUUGUGCUCAUGAUUCUGACACAGUUUGACCUGGAGCUGUGUGAUUGUAAUGCAUGCAUGCCACCAGUGGACCCCAACCGUUAUGGGUUCGGGAUGCUCCAACCAGAUGGGGAUUUGGAAAUCCGCUAUAGACUCAAAAAAAGAAUUGCAUAAUGUAAAACUAUAGUCAAAACAGUUUAAAAUUAAAUAGCUUCAUUGUAUUUAAGCAUCUGCUUUUAUUUGGUUUUGCUGUUUUUUGUACAGUAUUUAUAUCACCUGUUAUUUAUUGAAAUAAAAGAGGUCAUUAACUUUC